AUGUCUUCUACAUCAUUACCACCACCUUAUUACAACGACGACAAGGAGUCAUUUGCCUACCCCACGGUGCACAAACGUUGGCCAACAAUUCUUGAACAAGGAAUUGAUGAUGUACAACAAACGAUCAACGAUAACAAUAUGGAUCAAGUAUCUGCAUCGGGAGCAAUUAUCGUGGACCAAUUGAAACAAGUAUUGGAUGACUUUAAAAAUGAUGCUACUGUGCGUCAAUUCACUGAAGAAGAGAUUCAACAUAACAAAUGGUUACAACAUUACAAUACAACUCUUGAUUCUCUUAAUAAAGUUCGAAAAGUCACUUGGCAAACUGGCCCAUGGUUAUACUUGGAGUGCUAUUUAUAUCAAUACGUUCAUAAUUUCUUCACCUUGAAUCAAGAUCCAUUUUGGCGUUCAUAUGAUAUCUUUGCAAGAUUGAAAACAAAAACAUUUAAACAAUCAGAAUUGGGUGUAUUGGAAUUAUGUAAAAGAUAUCAAUUGUUAAGCCAAGAAUUGGACAAGGGCAAAGCCGAUAAAGAGGUCUUGAGAUUACUUUUCACUGAGUUUAUUGAUAUUUCACUUUGGGGAAACGCCACUGAUUUAUCUUUAUUAGCGGGGAAUGUCACUUUAGAAGAUAUAAAAUCGGUUCAAGGUGCUGAAGUACGUAAAAAAAAUGAAGAAAAGAUUCUCGUUAAUGAUUUAUCUACAGCUUGGGAAGAAUCUGGAUUGAGUGAAAAAGGUGUUUCUCGAAUUGAUGUUGUUUUGGAUAAUUCUGGAUUUGAAUUGUUUGCUGAUUUGAUGCUUAGUUUAUUUUUAUUGGAUCUGGGAUUAACUCAACAUGUACAUUUGCAUUGUAAAGAAAUUCCAUGGUUUGUCAGUGACACCAUGCCCAAGGAUUUCACGGACUUGGUUGGUCAAUUGAAAGAUCCCCAAUUCUUCCCUGAUAUUCAUAAACAAGAUCCCAAAGCUAUUGAACUCGUAGCUUCCAAGAUUGAAUCAUAUCAGAAAUCGAAUAAGCUCGUUAUUCAACAUCAUCCAUUUUGGACAUUAGACUACAACUACUGGUCAAUUCCUCAAUUCCAAGACUUGUAUUACGACUUAUCUCAAUCACAAUUGAUUAUAUUCAAGGGAGAUUUAAAUUAUAGAAAAUUGACUGGAGACUUGCAAUGGCCCAAAACCACUCCUUUCAAAACGGCAAUUCAACAAUUGGCAGCCAGUGGAUUACCAAUUUUGUCAUUACGUACCUGUAAAGCUGAUGUUGUUGUUGGAUUACCUGACGGAGUAAAUGAAAAAUUGAUUAAGGAAUAUAAAGAUGCUGGUAAUGAUGUGGGUGAAUUUUGGUCAAGUUCAGGUAAAUGGGCGGUUAUCUCAUUUAACAAGUAG